CAACCUACGUCAACCUUAUUGACCUCAGUGCAGCAAUCAAGCCUGUUGUUACAGCUCCCACCCACAGCCAGCUCAGCCGAUCAACAGUGGACACAGUGUCUAGUCAGAUGACAGGACUCAGUAUGAGGGAAUUCGAUGAAUUUGCACAGAACAGGAGCAUCACACAGACACAACCGAGACCGAGUGAGCGGAAUGAAGGUGUUGCCGACAGUCUGGCUCAAGCACAAAACACCAGAUUACAGAACACUGGAACGAUCCCUGUGAGUCAGACGUCUGUGAUGGAUGACAUUGAGAAGUGGCUGGAUGUGAACGAGGAGGACGACAUGGCUGAUUCAGAGGGUGUGACAAGUGAGGAGUUUGACAGGUUUCUGGCAGAAAGAGCGAGAGCAGCGGAGCGACUCCGUCCCUGA